AUGACGAGAGGAGUGGAGAGCAGUACCGGGAACGUGGGCCGUAUGCUGUGUGGUGGAUUGCUAAGUUCAGUGAUUGUGGAUGCGGAUGCGGCUUCUGUGACGCUUCGAGGCUCCCAAACUGGUUUGGCUCUAUUGUUGCGAGCAGGGGCGGCUAAGGAGAGUUACAAACUGUCGGAAAUCCACGACGGAAUUAUCAACUUGCGCAGCGGGAGGCCGCGGUAUACGCACCUUGCGACAUGGUUGGCCAGACAGCCCGAGUUUGAAGCCCUGAGUCAAACUCCCGAGCCGAGCCUGCCAGUGACGAAGCCGGUUGGUAUUACGAACUCGAACGGUGCUCCCUUGGUCGAAAUCGUAAACGUAAGCAGCGAUGGAAAGCGGCUGUACAGACUGGACUUCGCGGCAAAGGUCUCGGAGACCCUGGAGGUUACUUCGAAAACUGUGGAGAUUACUUCGGAGACCCUACAGGUUGUUUCGGAGACCAGGGUGGGCAAGCCGGGCAAGGUGAGUUGUGCCGAACAAGUAGAAGAACAACGGGUGGCGACUGGGCAGAGAUUCCCUAAUCGGGUGCCAGUAAGUGCACUUAUGGUUGCAGAAGACCCAGCGACGGUGGUGAUAGAGUGGGAAGAAGUGGACGAACACAGAGCUCCCGUUACUACCGUGGAGAAGUGGUCAGCGAGACUCGAUGCGGCUAGGACUAGAUGUGCUUUGGGUUGGAAAGAGUGGACCAAAAAGAAGACCACCAACCUGAAAGUGACUGAGAAGGAACGAAUAGAGUGGUGUGCUAAAUUUUACCGGGAUCUACGGACCGCUGAAGAUGCCCUUAAGAUGCUCGCUCUCCAUAUCCGGCAACGGGCCAAACGACCUCUCCACCAACGUGAGGAAGAACCCGAAGAGUAUGAGUAUGACCUCAAAACCCUUUACUCUCUAGUCCUCCGAUUCCGGCAGCUACUCUACUGUGUUGUUCCCGCCAGUGAGCACAAUCAACUCCAAAAACGUGACGCUGAUGGGCUGAAGAAAUUGCACAAGGCCGUCGGGUCGCCUCACGUGCAAGACAUGCUGUAA